AUGCAGAGAAACAAAACUUCCGUACUACAGCAGCUGAAUACUGCACACCAGGACCAGGUUGUCAGUAACAGACAAUACUUAAAAGUAAUCAUACAAUCCUUGAUGUAUACUGCACAACAGAAUGUUGCGAUUAGAGGUCAUGAAGAGAACCGGAAUGAUAUAUGGGAGGUAUCUGAUAUAAAUCGAGGGAACUUUCUUGAGUUACUUUGCAUAAGAUGCAACGAUUUACCUUGGCUGAGGUCUAAACUGCAAAGCCAGCUCCAGUUACAUGCUCAGUGGACAUCACCUGUUAUUCAAAAUGAACUACUGGAAAUAGUAGCAAACGUCAUGCUUGAGAGGAUAGCAGCAGAAGCAAGAAGUAGCGACUAUUACGGAAUAGUUGACAACGAAACGGCAGAUAUCAGUCGAACAGAGCAGGUAUCUCUUUUCCUUAGAUAUGAUUUCGACGGCGAAACCAAAGAGACAUUUACUGGUUUCUAUUCAACCAAAUCCAUGGAAAGGGAGGUAUUAUAUGAGCUUGUAAAGACAGCCAUUAGCAAGCUGGAAUUGAGGUUGGAAGACAUAGUUGCAGAAUGCUUUGAUGGCGCUGCAAAUAUGAGUGGAGCUCGUAAAGGGCUUGCCGCACGUAUGAAGGAGUGUUCACCUCUUAGUAUCUACAUUCAUUGCCAUGGGCAUCGCCUUGACUUGGCGCUACAAAAUACGAUGACCACAAUUGAGCCACUUCAGAAAGCUUUAGCGGUGAUCCAGAGUCUCCAUAAUUUCUUGGAAGGAAGUCGCAAACGCCACGCCAUCUUCAAGGAUAUCAAAGUCGAAGUUGAGGAUGAAGAUGUAACACUGACAAUUAAAUCGCAGAGUGCUACUAGAUGGUCUUGUCGCUGGGCAGCUGUAAAGGCAGUGGUAAACCAAUUGCCUAAGAUCAUCGAGGCUCUUCUCUCACUCUCAAAAGAUCGCGAUCCAAAGACCUACAAUGACAGCAAUUCGCUACUUAACUCGAUUUGUGACUUUCGAUUCGUUUUUGGUUUGAAUGUAUUGAAGGUUAUUUUGUCCAACACCAAUGGUUUGAGCAGAUAGCUACAAGGGAAGCAGAUGGAUGUUGUCACAGCAAAGAAGAGUGUUGAUGGCGUGAUCAAAACACUAAGUGGAUGUCGUACCCAAGAAAAUUUUGAUCUGUUGUGGUCGAAAUCAAGGAACUAAUUGAGGAUACAGAUUUCAAUUUCGAAGAUGCAAAGGUACCAAGACUCCGACCGCCAUCACGCUGGCUGCAGGCACUCGUCGGCGAAACGCCCAAAGUGAAUGCACAAGUGGAGUACCGAGCAGCAGAAGACCACUAUCGUAUCACAUGCUACUACCUAAGCAUUGACAAGAUUGUCGCGGAGAUGAAAUAUAGAUUUGAAGGUAAUGAUCAAGAGGUGCUAUUGGCACUUGCAGACAUUGUCUUCAGCAGCUCUCCAACCAGGGAGAAUAUUGAGUUGGUAUCAGACUUCUAUGGUAUCGACAGUGAGCUUCUUGGCAGCGAGAAAAACGUCUUUGAGAAUAUUGACGCCGAUUACCCUGAUCCUGAGAGAAAAAACGUCGCCAAAAUUGUGAGAAUGUUCGAAAAUGGUGUUCAUGAAGUUCUUCCUGUUGUUUACAAAGUAUUUUCGAUUCUGGCCAUGAUCCCUGCAACAUCCUGCUCUGCUGAGAGAUCUUUCAGCGCUCUUCGCUGCUUGAAAACCUAUCUUUGAAGUACAAUGGGCCAAGAACAGUUAAACAGCAUUGCCCUCAUCAAUGUUGAGAGAGCUUAUGCAAAUAGUACUUUAAAGAACGAUAUGGAAAAGAUAAUUGACAUUUUUGGACAGCGACGUAAUCGUAAAUCUUAUUUCUUCUAGUCUAGAUUGUAGCAAUCUGAACUAAUUUAUCAUUGUGCUAAACUAAAUUCCUUGCACGUCUAGUGCUAUACACGAGAGAAUUUCAUAUAUCAAAUAAAAUGUUGUUAUGUUAGUAACUUUCUCUUUCUUUCUAAAUCAUAAUGAAUAUAUUUAGCUUAUAAUUGAAAUGGCUAGGGGCGACAUAUUUCUUUUUAUAUCAAUCUUCAAAAGAAAGCUUUUCAUUGAUAGUCUUCUCAGAUUAUAAUUUUAUGAUGACGUCAUGUCAUUCGGGCAAAUUCAGCCCAGCCCCCCCCCCCAAAAAAUGUGCCCAUACGCCUAUGUUAAAUUGGGCUUAUAGUCAGCAAGGCCGGGGCUGCCAUGUUGCCCAUCCCCAAUUAUCCAUGUGGCUCUUUUUAGCCACAUCUACAUUUCUAUAUUGUGUAAUGGAUUUUGUACCAAUGCAAUGGAAGUAACCCAUCCUUGGCUUGAACAAUUAAGGACUUGCCAUUGUUUUAUUGGUACAAUAUUUACAUUUUUGCAUAUAUUUAUUGCAUACUAACAGAGACUGUAAGCCAAGUUGAGUUUACAACUAUUUAUUAUGGAUUCAGGAGUGUGUUUUGCAAGAUGGGACAAAUAGUUAAUUGGUUUCUUUUAUGUAGCUUAGGUUACUGAAAAUUAUGCAAGCUCAGGUGAUUGCAAUGAUGAGGCAAAUAGCAAGUUGUCAGAAGGUGAUAACACUGAUGAUGAAAUUUGGCCUGAGGUAUCACAGCAGCUACUAGAUCAAGAUGAUCAUGAAAAGUGCAAGUUGCCAAUUCCAUUCUUCAAUGGUUGUUGUAUUUUCUUUAAUCUGGCAAGGUGUUUGCCACGUAAGUGA